CCUCCAAUGAAUUGAAACUGAUCCGAUACAACCGUGUACCAACAACAAGAUGGAUGCGAUAUUCAACACACUUCAGCAGUUCAGACUGGAGUCUUACUACAAGCAGUUUGUCCAGUUUGGCGUAAAGGAUGCAAGAGACUUCCUGGAUAGUGUAACAGAUGAAGAUCUGGACAACAUUGGUUUAAGUCAUGUUGAGAAGAACCGCUUUUCAGCGAUGAAAAGCUUCAUUCAAAGACUCAGAGCUCCGGAGCACCCGGUUCAAACUGUGACGCCUGUGCAAAAAUCAUUGGAGCCUUUCUUUCUGCAGUACACAUACCCCAAAUGUCUUCAACCAAAACAAAUCACCGAUAUGAAUCCAGCAGUAGACACAGUCGAGGAUCUGAUGUUGAGGAUCGGCCAUCUUGAAAGUGUUGGUAAUUCCAAAGGAGUCUGUCUCUACACAGUCGAUGGGAUGCCCUUGACAGACGAUCCCUUCUUCAACACGUGGUCUUUGAAAGACAGGCAUAUUGAAAAUGGAGCUGACAUUUAUGCCAUAUUUACACCAAAGGAAAACCUGAAACAGGCUCCUCAAAUACCAAACCGAGAGGUUGCUAAAACCUAUGGAGGCGAUGUGGUUCGAUGCCACAUCAUGCUCAAGGGAGACUUUGAGGUGACGGUGAAGUUGGCAAGUGACACAAUAACAAGUCUGAGACUCAAGCUGGCGAAUGAAAGUGGAAUCCCAGCUCAUGUCCUUCAUUACAAAGGGGAACACAGUGGUGGUGACACUCUGCAAAGUUGUGGGAUCUCCGAAGGGUCGACAGUUGACUUCUCUUUGUCCACCUUUUCUGAGAAGACUUUCCACGAUGAGACAUUCUUCUUUAAUGAUUUUUUGCCUUCAGUCCCACAAACCCAGAAAGGAAUCAGUGUGUUCUUGUCUUCGCUUUAUGUGCUUAAAAGUAAUUCUAUGCAACAAAGCAACCUGAUUUCCUACAUAAGAAAACUGACUGGAUGUCACCCUCUCGCCCAAAGUUUGCAUCAGAUGCUCUGCAGGAACGAAACAGUAACUAGGAAUCAGAAGAUCGCAGUGGUAGAAGGCUUGUACAUACUCUUCAGAGAGCUUUUGCCUCAACGUGGAAGACAACAAGAGGAGAAAGUCAUUAAGGACCUGGAUGUCUUUGAGAAUUCACAGUACUGCUGGGCACAUCUCAUAUCAGAAUCAAAGAAAGAGGCAGGACACCAUGAGAACUAUGCACCAAUCACUCUUAGCUCCGAAGAUGACAGCCGCUUCUCUGAACCAGUCAGAGUACCUGGAGUACCUGGAGCCUUUGAACGAGCAUAUGUUCGCCAGAAAAUGAAAGAUGGAGAGAAAAUUCCGAAUUGCACUGAAGAGGUUUUGCGAGAAACAUCAAUACAGAGAGCCAACGACAUUGAGAAAGUCUUGCUCAGUCUGCCUCCAUCCAUGAGAACAUAUGCUCUUUGGAUUCACCCAGACAAGACGACCGGUCAGAACUUUCAGAUCAACAAGGAGAAGACUUUUGGAAGUAUGGUGGAAGAAUUAAAAUCUCCUCACAAUCAAUACCUCAAUGUGACCCCACCUCUGAGUUUAAAGGCGCUAGGACAUGAGAAUUGCCUUGUUCUACUGAGUGAAGACAACGUGGGCGUGUAUGUGGGUAAAGAUAAAUGUUCCCCUGAAAUGAUCAUGGUUCAUGAUUGUUUGGAUGGCAAAGACAAAACGGUGGAUUUGAACUUGUUGGCAGUGAGGACUGGUGACCAUGGAGAUGAUCGAACAUUUGUCAUAACCAGGACUCCAAAAGAGGCUAUCGUGGUGCUGAUAGACACAAGCUCCUCCAUGGAAGAGCAGCGCUAUGCAGGUGCAGAAAUCAAAAAGAUUAACGCUGUGAAAGAGCUCUUUGACAACUUUGCAACAAGGACCAUGGCUUAUGAUUUUUAUCAUGUCAUCAGCCUUGUGAAGUUCAACUCCGUGGUGAAAGUUCUCCACACAUUUACCGAAAAUCUGGAAACGUUCAAGGAACACAUGCGCAACAUCGAAGCAAGUGGAUGUACUCUGCUGUACGACGCUCUGCGACGUGGGGCGUCUGAGUUGGAAAAGGUCAAGACGAGGUUCCCAGAUUGUAGACUUCGCAUCAUUUGUCUCACUGAUGGAGAUGAUUCUGGAUCCUGCAUUGAGCCAGAUGCCGUUACAGCCAAACUGCUGAAAUCUAACAUCAUUGUUGACUCAAUCCUUCUUGGAGAUGUGGAGAAAACAAACAAUAUGCUGCAUGGAAUCAGCAAUGCAACAGGUGGCUGCUGUUUCAAACCAGAGACAACCAAAGAUGGGCUGAGGCUCUUUGAGAUUGAGACAGUUCUGUCGUUGGAGCAGAGGAAACUCAAGGAAGAACUUGACCCGUCCUCAAUCAGUCAGUCUAGUUUGUCAAAAAUCUUCGCUACUCAUGCGUAUGACGAAUGUCCAGAGACAUCCUUGCCGAGCCAGAUAAACAGCAAAGUGACAGCGACAGAGAGUGCUCUCAAGAAGAAUAUGAAAAAGUUAAAGAAGCGGGGGUUUCUGGAGAAGGACAAGCGUGUCCUGGAGGAGCUGAAGAGCCUCCAUUGUAACCCACAUCCUUACUUCAGAGUCUUUCCAUCAGAGUCCGACUUUACGUUCUGGAGGAUUCUCAUGCAAGGCCCUCCUGACACACCGUAUAGGAAAGGAGCGUUUGAGCUGUACUGCCAGUUUGGUCCUGACUACCCAGUGAAGCCUCCAGUCAUUCGCUUUGUCACACAAGUGUACCACUGCAAUGUCAACAGUGUCGGCCGCAUCUGCCACAACAUAUUUGACCGCAACUACAAUGCCCACAUCACCAUGAGAGAGAUCCUUGAAGCUGUUUAUGGACUGCUCAUCAUCCCCGAGCCUGAAGAUCCACUGGACAGCAUUUUGGCGGAAGAAUUCCUGACAAACCGUGAGACGUAUGAACGUGAAGCUGAGAAACAUACGCAGGAAACUGCAGGAAAGUCACUGGAUGACAUGGAGAAAGAACUGGUGGAGCCUGUGCCACAGUUUGUACCCCAACAUCUGAUCUGUCCGCUCACCAAGAAGAUGUUUGUUGAUCCUAUGAAAACAGUGUAUGGAACAGUGUAUGAGCGCAAGGCCAUUGAAGAACACCUGAAGCAAAACCAGUACGAUCCGACGGCCGGCCCAGGACAUGAGCUUAAAAUGAGUGACAUCAGAGCAGACCAGGACAUGAAGAAGAUGGUGAUGGACCAUCGCUCUCGGCAAAUUCAGUUUGACGUUACAACUGUGUAGUUUGACAUCAUGUCCACGCAGUGGCGGGCCGUGCAUUUCCCACCUAGGCCUUCAGUGAUGUCCUACACAGUCCUACCUGAAUUAUUCCACCUCUUAAUACCAUCAUUAUGACGCCAUGGCUCUAGAAACUAUAUAUUUAAACA